AUGGCCGACGUUGAGAUGAGCGAUGCGCCCGUCGCCAAGAAGGCUGAGGGCUCUAACAGCAAGAGCGUCGAGGGCAAGAAGAAGUUUGAGGUCAAGAAGUGGAAUGCCGUAGCUCUCUGGGCAUGGGAUAUCGUCGUUGAUAACUGUGCUAUUUGCCGUAAUCAUAUCAUGGACCUAUGCAUCGAAUGCCAGGCCAACCAAGCAUCCGCUACUAGCGAAGAGUGCACAGUAGCCUGGGGUAUCUGCAACCAUGCUUUCCACUUCCAUUGUAUCUCACGAUGGUUGAAGGCCCGAUCUGUCUGCCCUUUGGACAAUAGAGAUUGGGAGUUCCAGAAGUACGGACGAUAG